AUGCCCGACCUGCCUCAAGCCCCCGCUGCCGACAGUGACAAGGCAAUGUUGUUUUCCAGCAAGUUGGAGCACGAGACCUAUGCUCCGUGGAAGGAGUACUACAUGAACUACAACCACCUUAAGAAGCUACUUAAGGAAGGCGUCAUCCUCAAAAACAACUGGACCGAGCAGGACGAGCAGAAUUUCGUCCUGGCCCUCGACUCCGACUUGGACAAAGUGUUCCUGUUCCAAGCGAAAAAGUUCGACGAGCUCAACGACCAGCUUAACGUGUUGCAACGCCAGACGACCCUGGCCGACAAAAAGUUCGAUGUCGACCAAUUCUCCACGAAAUUAGAGGACAUUCUCCACCAAGCACAGGAGCUCGAACACUUCCAGCGGAUCAAUUACACUGGUUUCACCAAGAUCGUCAAGAAACACGACCGUAUCCACCUGGACUACUCGGUGAAGCCGUUGCUCAAUGUGCGGCUCAAGAACUUACCUUUCCACUCCGAAGACUACUCGCCGUUGUUGUACAAGAUCGGGACGUUGUUCCAGUACCUUCGUGAUAACUAUGGGGUGUCGGAAUCGUUGACUAAGCUCUCCAGUUUCAACGAUGCUCUGAACACUGACUUCCAAUCGUUCAAGUUUUGGGUGCACAAGGAUAACUUGAUGGAAGUGAAGACGAUGAUCUUGCGUCACUUGCCGGUGUUGGUUUACGGUAACCAGCACGGUGACAACGCCGAAGAUGACGACUCCGGCGACGACGACGACAGCGCCUCCAACUCCAACUCCAACGACUUGACCAUCAACUGUCUCUACUUUGACAACGACAACUUUGAGUUGUACAACUCAAAGCUCACUAAGAUCAACAACCUGCGCACGUUGCGGAUCAAGUGGAUCGGUAAGCUUCAGGAUAAGCCCAAGAUCGUCAUGGAAAAGAAGCAGUUCGAUGCCAACGCCCACUUCUCCAUCGACGAGAAGAUCUCGUUGAAGCAAAAGUACAUCAACCAAUUCGUCAUCAACCACCAAAUCCCUCCUAAGCUCGAAAAGAUCAAUGACCCGGCCCAAGUGAGAGACAUCGCCGAAUUUAUCCAAGAGAAUAACUUACAGCCGAUGCUUAGAACUGUGUACAAGCGGACGGCGUUCCAAAUUCCUGGUGACGACAAAAUCAGAAUCGUGCUUGACCUGGAUAUCACUUUCAUUCGUGAGGAUGCUUUCGACCCGCAAUUGCCCAUUCGUGACCCUCACCAAUGGCACCGUACCGAUAUUGACCUGAAGCUGGCCAACCCCCUCCAAUACUUGCGUAAGGGUGAAUACUCUCAAUUCCCUUACACCACUAUGGAGAUCAAGAUCAAGAAGCUGGUGAUGAACAAGUCGAAGUCGAUCAACUGGAUCAAUGACUUGAUCCACAACCUGCACUUGGUGAAGGAGAUUCCCAACUUCUCCAAGUUCAUCCACGGUACUGCUCUGCUUUACACGGAAGACGAUAAGCUUGAUAACAUCCCCUUGUGGUUCAACGAAAUGGAAAACGACUUGACGUUCAACCCUGAGGCUUACGUCCCCAUCAAAGCCCUCACUGAAGACACCCCCGAGUCACAAAUUGAAGUCAUCAACGAUGAUGACAAUAUCCUCAAGUUCAAGGAAAUGGUCAACAAGACUAAAGACCUGUACCAACCGCGUUCGCUGAGUUUCUCGGGGCUGUUGUUGCUCGGAGGUGAUGACAACUACGACGGGCCCAAGACCCGCAUUCCUCGGAUCCAGGAGAUCACUGAGGAUGAAGAAGAACAACCCACUACCGGCGCCGAGUUAUUGACUGAUGAAUUGUCGUCGUCCGACGACGACGAUGAUGACGACUACGACAACAAACGUCGGGGUCCGCUUUCUAAGCUUUUGCAGCUCCCGUCGCAGUUCUCUAAGCUCAUUGAUGUUGAUCUGGAAGAUGAGGAAAUCGAAUUACCCGCUGGGGUGUCCAAGCCUGAUCUGUGGAUCAAGAAUGCCGGCCCCAUUAAGGUUGAACCUAAGGUGUGGCUUGCUAACGAGCGUACUUUCAACCGGUGGUUGACGGUUACCCUGAUGCUUACCACGCUUACGUUUGUCGUCUACAACUCCACCGAUAAGCUGAACUUCUCCAAAUUGCUGUUAGUGCUUGCCGACGUCUACUUCUGCCUUACCCUUUUCGCCUGUGGCUGGGGCUACUACAUCUACAUGAAACGUCGCCAAAUCAUUUUGGAACGUCUGUCGAAGCAUUUGGAUAAUGUCAUCGGCCCGUUGGUGGUGGCGGUUGGUUUGAUGGGGGCGUUGUUGAUCAACUUCAUCGGUGGGUGGCGUCUGUUGUCGGGAACCGUCGACUUGGAGCUGGCCUUUUACGAUGCCAACCCCUUCCACAAGUCGGUGCAAUCGUAUGUCAUCGACAUGGUGAACUAG